UGAGUGUGGAGACUGAGGGAGGAGGGGGAGGGGGAAAAAACCUGAGGAGAAAAAGAGGCGGCGGCAGCAGCGGCGGCGGCAGACGCGGAGGAGGCCGCGGCUUGGAUUCCGACGGCGACGGGAAGGGAAGCCGCCGCCGCCGCUGCGACAACUGAGGAGAAAAGGAGCCCCCCGAAGAAGGCUGGCCCUCCGUCCGGCCCGGGUGGGCAGCGCAGCCGGCAGCAGGCCUCGUCCGCGCCUCCCCACCGCCGCGCGCCCGCUUCGUCCCUUUCCCUCAGAGCGGAGUCUCGGCUCGGGCCUCAGCGGCGGCGCCGGAGAUGAUGCCGAUGAUAUUAACUGUGUUCCUGAAUAACAAUGAACAGAUUCUGACUGAAGUGCCAAUUACACCUGAAACAACCUGCCGAGAUGUGGUGGAAUUUUGCAAAGAGCCUGGGGAAGGUAGUUGCCAUCUUUCUGAAGUCUGGCGUGGAAAUGAACGACACAUCCCCUUUGAUCACAUGAUGUAUGACCAUCUACAGAAGUGGGGACCCCGUAGGGAGGAGGUCAAGUUUUUUCUUCGACAUGAAGAAUCCCCAACAGAAAGUAGUGAGCAAGGCCGUCAGACUCAAAACCAAAGGAACGGAAUCAGUAUACCUGGGGAGAAGCGUUCUGAAAAUGGGGUUGGAAACCCACGUGUUGAACUCACACUUUCAGAACUUCAGGAUAUGGCUGCCAGGCAACAGCAGCAGAUUGAAAAUCAGCAGCAAAUGCUGGUUGCCAAGGAACAACGUUUACGUUAUCUCAAGCAGCAAGAACGCCGUCAACAGCAGUCUGUGUCUGAGAGUGAAAAGCUUCAGAAACUUAAAGAACGAGUGGAAACCCAGGAGACAAAGCUGAAAAAAAUCCGUGCCAUGAGAGGGCAGGUGGAUUACAGCAAGAUUAUGAACGGCAAUUUGUCCACUGAAAUUGAACAUAUCAGUGCCAUCUUCCAGGAAAAGCAACAAGAGUUACAAGCUGCAGUGUUAAAGGUGGACCAGCUUACUCAACAGCUAGAGGACCUGAGAAAAGGGAAGCUGAAUGGGUUCCAGUCUUACAAUGGACAGAUGACAGGGCCUGCCGCUGUAGAAUUAAAAAAAUUAUACCAAGAGCUACAGAUUCGUAACAGGCUUAAUCAGGAACAGAACACCAAGCUUCAGCAGCAGAAAGAACUUCUGAAUAAGCGUAACAUGGAGGUUGCCAUGAUGGACAAGCGUAUCAAUGAGCUACGUGAGCGCCUAUACAAGAAAAAAGUUGAGGCACGUCAAAAAGAAAACAUCCCUUUAAACCGGAUAAAUGGAACAUCCUCUCCUCAAUCGUCGUUGAAUGCUUCGGGCAGAGUUGCAGCCGUGGGGCCAUACAUUCAAGUUCCUAGCUCCAGCAGCUAUGCUGUGCCAGUUGACCCAGUGAAACCACAGUCCCUCACUAUUACUACUAGCGCAACUCAUGGAAGAUCGAAAUCUGUAGAUACAGACUAUGGGUGUGUGAAAAAAUCUCCAGGUCCCUGGAAGAUUUCUGAUUUAGACAUUAUAGUGGAUCCUAUUCUGUCACCUCCCUCUCUUCAGUCCGCUGUUCACAAUAUCAUCCAUUCAGCUUCUACUCUUUCUGAGAUCCUGCACUCUAACGAGGGAACCUGGUCAGCAGUUAAGCAGAGUCCGGUUCCUGUGGUGAAGCCGCCACAAAUCUCCAAUGCAGACUGGAAGGAAUCCAGCAUGGACGCUGGUUUAAAACAAGGAACGAUAUCAAGUCAGCCUUUGUCUUCUUCAUUAGGAAGUACUGAUAAGCUGGGUCUUGAUAUAGGGAAAGUACCACCUACCAUCCCUGGAGCAAGUAAGCAGUUGCCCCAGAACUAUGGGACCUACCCAAGCGCCAUUCCGUUGGGAACAGGUUCUACCAAUUCCCUUGAAAGGCGAAAAGAUGGCAGCCUCCCGAGACCAGGCUCUACAGCAGCAAGCCGGCAAAGACCUGUUCCGUUACCACCAGCCAGCAGCGUUCAUCAGCCAAGCUCCUCGCAACAAAUACAGCAGAGAAUAUCUGUGCCUCCAAGCCCCACAUAUCAACCUUCUGGCGCCCCAUUAUUUCCAGGUGGCGAUGGCAGGCCUGAUCUUCCCUUAACUGUGGCCAUCAGGCCUUUCUUAGCUGACAAAGGCUCAAGGCCCCAGUCUCCCAGGAAAGGGCCCCAAACCGUGAACUCCAGUUCCAUCUAUUCCAUGUACCUUCAGCAAGUGACGCCACCAAAGAACUAUCAACAGGCUGUAUACAAUACCCUGAACAAGUCCGUUAAAGCAGUUUAUGGGAAGCCUGUUGUACAGUCCGGUUCGACUUCCCCUUCGCCGUUGCCGUUCCUUCACAGCUCUUUGCCUGCCAAUCCAUCACAGCCUCAACCUCCUAACGAGUAUAGUGAAAAAGAUCAAGAACUGGAAAACAUCCCACCCUCUGGUGAUAACAGCAACGUAGAAAACAUCCCUCGCCCCCUCAGCCCCACCAAGCUCACGCCCAUCGUGCAUUCGCCCCUUCGCUACCAAAGUGAUGCCGAUUUGGAAGCCCUUCGCAGGAAACUCGCCAAUGCUCCCAGGCCCUUGAAGAAGCGGAGUUCCAUCACUGAACCAGAAGGCCCCAGUGGGCCAAACAUUCAGAAGCUAUUGUACCAGCGCUUUAAUACCCUGGCCGGAGGAAUAGAAGGUGCCCCUUUUUACCAGCCAAGCAACUCACAGGACUUCAUAGGCACCUUGGCAGAUGUUGACAAUGGGAACACAAACACCAAUGGCAAUAUUGAGGAGCCCGUAGCUGUGCCCCCGACAGCUCCUCUUCCUGAUGAGCCUUCAUCAGAUGCCAAUGAUAACGAACUACCUUCUCCUGCAACUGAGGAGUUGAUCAGCGAAGAAAACACAAAUCAAAUGCCCGAGACAACAGAGGAUGAUAACAACAACAACAACCCUGCUAUAGCCCCUUCUAUUGAGCGGCCACCUAGUCCAACCCCAGAGGCAGAAUCCCCAGAAGAGGAGGAAAUGCAGCCGCCACCUGCUCUUCCUCCUCCUCCACUUCCUGCGACCAAAAGGACCAACCUGAAGAAACCCAAUUCGGAGAGAACUGGCCACAGCUUGAGGGUCAAGUUCAAUCCCUUGGCUUUGCUGCUGGAUGCCUCUUUGGAGGGAGAGUUUGACCUGGUGCAAAGGAUCAUAUAUGAGGUGGAUGACCCCAGCAAACCUAAUGAUGAAGGAAUCACUCCUCUGCACAAUGCAGUGUGUGCUGGCCAUCAUCACAUAGUUAAGUUCCUGUUGGAUUUUGGUGUCAAUGUGAAUGCAGCAGACAGUGAUGGAUGGACUCCUUUGCACUGUGCUGCCUCUUGCAACAGCGUUCAUCUCUGCAAGCUACUUGUUGAAUCUGGAGCAGCAAUUUUUGCUUCAACCAUAAGUGACAUAGAAACUGCAGCAGACAAGUGUGAGGAAAUGGAGGAAGGUUAUAUUCAGUGUUCCCAGUUUCUGUAUGGUGUGCAGGAGAAACUGGGAGUAAUGAACAAAGGCAUUGUGUAUGCGUUGUGGGAUUAUGAAGCUCAGAACAACGAUGAGUUGUCAUUCCAUGAAGGAGAUGCAAUUACCAUUUUGAGGCGCAAAGAUGACAAUGAGACAGACUGGUGGUGGGCUCGUCUCAAUGACAAGGAAGGCUACGUGCCUAAAAAUCUCUUGGGGUUAUAUCCAAGAAUAAAACCUAGGCAACGAACUCUUGCCUGAAAACCAUCAUUUGGCAAUACAGUAUCUUGCUGGCAACUGGAAGUAUACACUGGAAACAUUUUCAAUCACAUUUCACCAGAAGUAAAGCUAUACUUGUUUUAAUUGGUGCUCUUGUUAAAUUGAUGGACAGCAUUUGAGAUUUCCGAUCUGAAGUUUGUAUGUGAGAUCUGUUCCAUGUUCACCCACCCAGUCAUUGGGAGAGGUACUCAACACAGCCUACAGUAUUUUGCCAAUUGAAUUAAAAGAACAAAACUUGUGCUAGAUGUUAAAAACCUUUGCAAAACACAGGUAUGCUGUCUGAUCCAUUCUAGUCCACAGUAACUGUCAAGGUCUUUAUUAAAAUUGUCAGCUGAUUGUUGAGUUUACUGUGUAAAUCCUUGAAGAGCUUGGUAAGUUGGCACCUGGAAAUUACCAACAGUCCUCUGGUAUAAAAAGUGUUAUUAACUAACAGAGAAGCAUCAAUGCUGAAUGGAUUUUUGCACAUUUCUCAAAACCACGUUCCUUCACUUGAUGUUUUUUCAUGAUAUUCUGCUUACAGCACCACUUUAAACUUUCUCAAACACACCCACACUGAAUUCCAUCUUCUGGACAAACCUGCAUUCAUAUUUAAGGGAUCUGUAUGUCUAUAUGAAAGAAAAGUGCAAUAGUUGAGAAGGUAAGAGUCAGGUUAUAAAAAAGCUAAUAGGUUCCCUUCAAGGACCUUUAAAUCUUAUCUGUGAAAGUAGGGAGGGGGUCUGAAGGACUGAAUAAAGGCUGAGCUGGCUAUGUAGAGAGUGAAGGGAGAAAGAAGAGGACGUCUUGCUGUUUUGGCUGGGGCAGCAUCUGUGGUUCUUGGCAGCCCGGCAUCUUGUGCCAGGGUGAGUUAUGCAAUAACUUUAUCCACUAUCUAGUUUCGAGCAAAAAAAAGCACUUCACUGGAAUAUUAGUUGUACAUUAUUUUAUAUACAGAAGUCUAUUUUGAACUUCCCAUUAUGUUGUAGCCAUACGUGUUUUAUAAUUUCCUCCCUGUAAACUGUAGGCCAUUUGGCUUUAUUCAUGUACACGGUGUGCAUAAUUUAUAUAUCCAUUGAUGCAGUGCUGUAACUUGCUUUUACCACUGUUUAGCAUUAAUUGUAUAUAUUGUGGUGAUGAGAAGUGGAAGGGUAUUGUAAAAGAAUAUUUGCUAAAUGAAUGUGAGUUAAAAGCCUAUGAUACACUGCUAAUCCAGUGUGCACAAUAAAACUACUGCUAAGGUA